AUGUUGUCUACAUUGCCAUCGGCGGAUGUAGUCAAGCUCCAGAAUUUGAGGGUAUUCUCGUUGAAGGAGAACAACUUCAAGUAUUUGCCACCAGUUCUUGGGAAGCUAAGCAGUUUAGGCUUAAUAGAGGUCACUGAGAACCCAUUAGUAAUGCCUUCGCCCGAAGUAAUAAGAAACUUCCAAAUGCAAUCUCCAGAUCUCGAUUGGGUCAACGAGUUGAAAAAUUAUCUUAAUACAAACAGUUCAAUAUUGGAAAUGAAACUUGCUGAGCAAACCGGUCAUUUUAAGGAACAAGAGCAUACGAAUCGUCUACCAGCAAUGUCUAGGUCGAAAAGUAUAUCCGAAACAAGAACCAGCGCAUCAAGGGCUGCUAGAAGAAUGGGUCUAAUUAUUAGAAAACCCGAUGAGACGAAAUCUAACGAUACCUCCAAUACUAGCAAUGACUCUUCUGACUCGCAUUAUCAACUUGGAGACAAUUCGGGUUUUGCACCGGGAUAUUCUUCACCUCUGCCUUUGCCUCAACAAUCAUUAUCUGCAUCUGCCUCCCAAACUACUUUCAGCAUAUCAACACCACCCCCAGUUCCAUCGAUCACUGCUACCUCUACGAACUCGGUCUCUCAUACAAAUUCGCUUUACCCACAAGCAUCUAACACUCCUACCAUAAGUAGGAAUUCAAGCCGUAACAGAUCUAGGUCUAAUACAUUAAAAGAAAUAGAUAGGAUUCUUGAGAAAAGUGAUACAGUUGAUACAGAGCAUAAGUCUGGAGCUUACUUCAGGCGACUUUCCACUUUACAAGAAUUACCUACUGAUGAAAACAUUUCCAAUGUUGGAUCUAAUCUCAAUGUGCCUCUCUCGUCGUCUGUUUCUAGAAAUAACAGUGUUGGCCAGCAUUACAAAAAUGGCAUAAGUUCAUCAAUGAAUAACCUUGAUGCUUCUGAGACUAUACCUGAAGUACCACCAUCAAUCAGCAAGUCUACAUUAAGAGUUUCAUCAAAAUCAUCAUCCCAUAGAGGUGAUGUUUCACCGUCUAAGACUUCAUUUCAGUUGAAAGAUACCACUAGUGCUAAGAAAAGUGCCUAUACUGCAGCAUUGAUAAAAGCAUCUAGAAAGAUUCUUUUCUCCUUCAGUGAGCUUCAUUCUUCAGUGCGUAGGUUUACUGGAUUCUGCAUUGAUAAGAAAAUCACUAUCAAAAUGGUUUCUCAUUUAUACACAACGAAAUCAAAUAUCGAUUCUCUAGUUGAGAGCUUAGAAAUAGUUGAAGAGAAUGGUGAUAAUAUAGAUCAAAUCAACGUUCAUCUACAUGCCUGCAUUUCCUCGUUCAAAUCAAUUAUGAGUUUAUUAAGUGAAAAUUUUACAACAUUCGUCAUGAAAAUCGAUGUCUGCUUUAUUAGAAUGCUUUACUUGACUCUUUAUGGUUCGUUUAAUGAAUUAUUAAAUGCGCACAAAAUACUUGCAGCAAGUCCGACACUGCAAAUGCCAUCUAUAACACAUUCAAGCAGUAGUAUUACCAACCAAACAUCUUCAUUGGAUUCAAAACACCCAACUAAGCAAUUAUCAAUAAACACAACUAACGUGGGAAACGACCAGGAUGAUAUUGAUGAAAAGCUAUAUGCGACUAUUGAGAUUGCAACUUCCAAUGCUCAGAUCGUUUUCAGCGAGUUAACGAAGGCUAUUGGUAAAACAGCAACCGCGAGUGCUGUUAGUAGUUCUACAGCUUCCGGUCAACCCAUUAAUCAUACAAUUGCCACUAAGGUCAAGGAAUUGACUAACGUUUGUAUGUCCUCAAUGGACAUAACCAAGAGAUUAAAAACUAAAUUAAUCACUAUUAGGAAUAAUCCUUCACAAACAACUAGGAAGCUGUUCUGGGACGAUAUUAAUCUAUUUCUUAAAGCAAUUAUUCAAACGUUUUCUUCCGUUAAAGGAGUCAUGAAAGACUUGCCUAUCUUGAAUGAUGUUAGAUCAUUCAUGGCUAAUUUGACCAAGACUACUAAAGAGGUCACCAUCAUGUUGGAAGCCUCGUCGUACAGAUUGAUGUCUUCUGAAUCAGCAUCAUCGUCUACACCUGCACUCCCACCUCAAUUGCCAUCCAUUGCCAGUGUUUCCAAUAUUUUCACUCCUGUAUCACCACAUCCUGCGGUGCCAAAUUCUUUGCAUUCGCAUUCUCUGGCGAACUUAGUUCAAAUGAGUAAUCCAAUCUUAGCAAAUACUCAGCAAGGUCUGUUUGCCACACGUACACCACUAACCAACCCUUCGGGCCCUCCUACGCUGUUUGACCCACCCGCUAGUUAUUCAAGUUCUAUGCUAAAUGCUAAUUCGAUAACUGGUGGCGCCAGUGUUACUGCUCCAGCACAUUCUACAGGUCAGUACUACGCAAAAAAUGGCAUGAAUCCUUUCGAUGGGCUUAUUUUGGCAAAUAGCGAUAAAGAUAGAGCAAACUCAAAUAUUAAUGAUUAG